UUCAUAAGAUAUGCUACGGUGCGAUCGUUGUGGUUAGCCUAUAUUUAUUUGAUCUGCAGAUUGCGCUGCGUCGAAGGUCAAACCGACAUAUAUAACAUUCACAAAUGGCAGACGAUAUUUCAGUUGGGUUCUCGCCCAACCGUUUCGUGGGAUUCCUGAAUGAGGUCACCAGAACGUCCUACGUCAAAACCGAGCAUAAUCAAGCACACCAGAUGACCGUGAGGUGGUCACAUUUGUUGAAGUUUCCUCGCAAACUUACAAAGUGACCAAAGGAGUUUCUAAGAGAUUUCAGAUGCCAAGCCUUGUCUUGCAAGUCGCAAUGCCCUCGGCGUGGGCUAUCCCAAUUAUGAAACAGCCGUCUGGCCUUUUGAAGCGUCCCUAACCGGCCACAACUUGUAUGGUAUGAAAUCAGAUUGGUAGGUAUCAGCAUACCAUCGACUCUUAACUCUGAUAGCACUGGGCAGGCCCUGCAUCACACUAGCCCCAAUGACGUCAACCGUAUGCAGUGAUGUGUAGUGAUGUGCUACACACGAAUCAUCCAGAACUUUAAAGUCUUUGAGACAACGAAAGCCCGCACCAUUGUUCGCGCGGAGACGGUCGAACGCCCCUUUGGUGUAAUCCUUGUUUAUCUAGCAUCCCCGUGUUGCCAGGGCAGUAACUAUUGUUCGCUGUCCCCCUCGCGUCACCAAACGAGGGGGGCUAAGGGAUAGCCACGGGGGACAGUCACCGCACAAUACGCGAUGUAAACGGCGGGGGAUUAUAGCGGUCCACUGCUACUUAUUUCGGCUGUUUGUGUCCAUUGUGUACACUGAGAUCGUAAACUGUCAGCGGCACAACGCGACUUAAUCGCCCGCGGACGGUGAUCAAUGAUACCCGGUGAUGGACUGAUCGUGGCCUGUUUUCAUUGGGACUCUGCUGCGAGGUUUGGUUAGGGGUUCUUCCCUUGUGUUUCUGAAUCUGAGCGAGAAGAGUGGAUGCACAGUGUUUGCUAUGGAGACCGGGGCGGUUGUCCCUUUGCCCAAGGAUGGUGAAGUGUCCGUAUCUGGCUAAAAUCUGACCAGACAGCUGUCUGGAAGGCUUCCAAUGGACUCGACGCAAGGACAUCAUCGCAUCUGUGUGUCGCUCUGACGUCGGCAUUCACGUUCAAUUAAACUAAUGCACCAGCAUCGCACUGAACUCUUCAAUUCCGAGAAAGAAAUUCGGCCUUAUCGGUCGAUCGGUGGUAAACAUGAACAUUUAGGGACGGUGGAACGUCAGUGAGGAAAAGUUGCCACUCGUAGACAAAACAUGGAUAUGAACGAGACCGAUACCGGAGGAGGGAGGACAGUGGCUGAGAAUGUCCUGAUGGGCGUCGUACUGUACUCGAUCAUCGUGUGCUCCAUCACAGGAAACCUUCUUGUCAUAGUGGCUGUUCUAACCAUCCGUAGGCUGCGGUCCUCAAUCACAAACUAUUUCAUCGUGUCCCUGGCGUUUGCAGACCUGAUGGUUUCCGUCCUGGUUAUGCCCUUCGCUGCCGUCUUCGAGAUCACGGACUCGUGGCCGUUUGGUCUGGCGUUCUGCGACGCCUUUCAGGCCUUCGAUAUUCUAUCGGCCACGGCCAGCAUCCUGAACCUGUGCGUGAUCUCCCUGGACCGCUUCAUGGCGAUCACCUCGCCGUUUACCUACUACUCGCGCAUGAAUAGCCGGACCGCGUUCGCCCUCAUCACCACAGCCUGGGUUGUAUCGUUCCUGAUCAGCGUCCUCCCGGUCACUCUAGACCUCCACGAGGACGGAGACUUGAAAGCCAUCGGCUGGUACUCAGACCCUUAUUUCUGCGUGUUGGCCAUGAACUCCACAUAUGCGCUCGUCUCGUCCAUGAUUUCUUUCUACAUUCCGGCAGCGAUCAUGCUUUUCACCUACGCCAGAAUUUACGUGGUGGCGCGGCGGCAGGCUCGCCAGAUUGCCGCUUACGACACCUCAGCCAACAGGGUCAAAAAUGGUGGGCGGGCAAAUCAGAGGACCAUGGCCCGCGAACGCAAGGCCGCCAAGACUUUGGCCAUUAUCGUUGGGGGUUUCAUCUUGUGCUGGCUGCCGUUCUUCGUGGUUAACAUCAUCGACCCAUACUGCGGGCACUGCCUCCCUCCCCUGCCCGUUAAGAUCUUCGUGUGGCUCGGCUACGUCAACAGCUUCCUGAAUCCGCUCAUUUACGCCCAGAACAAGACCUUCAAGUCGGCUUUCAAGGCUGUCCUGUGUUGCUACCAGUGCCGGGGUAUCAACCCGCGAGACAUAGACACGAGUGACGAGGAGCGGACGGCCGUGUCGCACCAUGCCCCUAGGACUGUCGAGGCAUCUCCCAAGCCCAAGCCGAAGACUGCCACUGUCGCCAGUCAGUCCAACGCGUCCGACGUCUACGCCGUGACGAACAGAGCAUUUACGGUCAGCGACGAUGCUCAUUUGACCGACCAAACUUCCAAAGAGCCGGCACACAUUAGCCCUACAGACAGCCAAACAAAUGACGUUGAAUCCACGGAACUGCAGAACACAAGGACUCAGUCCACAGAUGAGAAUGACAAUAACACGCAAGCGUCAAAAACUGUACCAUAAUUCGAAGAACGCAAGGAGGAAACAUGUACAUAUAACUGUAGGAAACUAUAUUGUGGAUUUUUAGAAAUUCAUAUGUGAAUGUGUUUUGACUAUUUUAUGUUGUAUUGUUAUGUUGUGAAACAGCAUAUUAAUUGUAAUGACCUAACUACGAUUUCAGUAUUUCUCCCUCAAGGUAGAGUAUAAACCUUAUAGAUGUUACCUUGUUAAUCCAACUUUGAACGACGAGUGUCAAAAACGAAGUUCGGUAUACACGAGCAAUACUUUGAGGGGGGGACGAUUUUCGUGAGAAUACUUAUAGCUCAGCAUAAUCAUUACAGCGAGUAUGAGCAAAAAUAUCUGAAACAGAUUCAUAAACUGCCCCCAAACUUCCACAAGUGACAUCCUCAAGGAAUUAAGGUUGUUUUGUUUUCAAUAUAACCGGAUUUAAAUUGAAUCAAAGACGGCUCAGCAUAUACGGAAAAUCUUCAGGGGCCUGCCAUCUCCUGAGCGUUUGCGAUGACAAUGCAUUUGUUCAAAAUGGACGUAUCAGGAUGAAAUAUUUCUUAAAAAGUAUCCCUCGAAUAUGAAGUGUAGUCCAGUACUUGUACAUAACACAUCCGCUACUGGUACAUAAUAUUUCAGGAUAUACGCACUUCCUAAGAGACGACUGCUCUGCAACCAGUUCAUAAUUAUUCAGACUAAUGGUGGUUAAAAUACUGACUGCCUUUCCCU